AUGGGGCAAGCGCCGCUACUUUCAAAACCCAAGGAUGGGAAAAAAUUGGUCAUCUAUUUGGGAGUAUCAGAGCACGCUCUUAGCGCAAUAUUGGUUCGGGAGGAAGAAGGGGUGCAAUACCCCAUCUACUACGUCAGCAAGAGGUUGGUGGACACGGAAACAAGGUACACACUGAUGGAGAAGCUCGCAUACUGCCUAGUCACAGCAUCGAGGAAGUUGUGUCCCUAUUUCCAAGCCCAUCAGAUCGAUGUUCUGACCAAGUACCCCCUGAAGCAGAUUUUACAGAAACUAGACACCUCAGGUCACCUGCUGAAAUGGGCGAUCGAGCUCGCUCAGUUCGACUUGGAAUAUAGACCAAGGACGGCUAUCAAAGGACAAGCACUCGCGGAUUUCAUUGCUGAAUUCACUGGACCAGCCCAAGUGGGAGAAGAAGCCUCGGAAGGACCAUCCUGGGAACUAUAUGUUGACGGAUCGUUAAACGAUCAAGGAGCUAGAGCUGGAGUUAUGUUAAUCAGCUCGGAGGGCCACAGGAUCCUCUGUGCCCUACGAUUCGAUUUCCGAGCUACCAACAAUGAGGCGGAGUACGAGGCAUUGCUCGCAGGGCUACGCCUGGCAAAAGAAGUACGAGCUGAAGCAGUUGUAAUCCUCAGCGACUCCCAACUGGUCGUUAAUCAAAUACGAGGGGAAUAUCAAGCGAAGGGUGCAAAGAUGGCAGCAUACCUGCUCAAAGCGCGCGAACUUCUGGCCCUUCUCCCAAGAUUAGAGGUACGCCAGAUUCCCCGUUCUCAAAAUUCUCAUGCGGACGCACUAGCUCGACUGGCAACUGCGCAAGAUACAAAGUUCCUGGGGGCUAUACCGGUGGAAUUUCUAGCUGCUCCUAGCACGGAACAAUCGGCUGAGACGAUGGAGAUUGGCACGCCCCAGGGUUCAUGGAUGAGUCCUAUUCUGGAGUAUCUACGGGGCGGAAAGCUGCCAAUAGACAAACUCGAAGCACGCAGACUGCGAGCUCGAGCUGUCCGCUACUGUAUCCACGAUGAGGUGUUGUAUAAGCAAGGAUUCAUAGCUCCACUGUUAAGGUGUAUCGAGGGCCCCGAUUGUCGGAUCGUGUUGGAGGAAAUACAUGCUGGACAUUGCGGCAACCACGCUGGGGCUCUGUCGCUAGCCCAGAAAGCACUUCGGCAGGGAUUCUAUUGGCCCACGAUGAAACAGGAUGCGAUAGAGCUGGUAAAAAGGUGUGAAAGUGCCAACGGUUUGCUAAAGUCCCGCGAGCUCCUCCGGCCUACCUCCAACAGAUGA